UUCAGUUGGACGCGACACUCGGUCGAGAGAGGAACAACACAGCGCAUAAGCGCUAUAAAAUCACUUUUUCCCCGUUUUUACCUUUAUAUCAUUUUCCAUACUGAUCUUUAACUUCCACAAAGAACUCCUCUACAUUUUGAUAAUAACAUUUGAUCACCUCGGAAAAGCCAAAGUCUUCAGUAUUGUGAUUAAUCUGAUACUUAUUCUUACUUUUUUUUUCAACCGAUUGUUUCAGUGCCACAAAAUAAACAUUAGAGAAUUGCAAAAAACUUUAACUUAAGAUAAAAUUUCUAAAUGGCGCUUGUGGAUUUGGAAUAUGAUCUCGAUGAGGCACUUAAGCGUGAAAAUCUCUCAAGAGAUGAUUUGGGCAAAUUGAGAGAACCACCAAUUCCAGGUGUACCCACCAAUAUCACAGACAAACAGCUAGCCCUCUUCUUAAAUGCCUGUGGCACCGUCGAGGAGACACGGAAAGUUAUUAAAAUAUACUAUGAUGCAAGGAAAAAUUCUCCGGAACUCUUUGCUGAACGAGAUCCCACUCGAAGUGAGAUACAGAAGUGUCUGCAGUGCCAGGAUUACUUCUACUUGCCACUCACUCCAGAAGGAUACCAUGUCACAUUCCAUCGUCUAUCUGACUACAAAAUCACCAGCUACGUCUUCGAGAGUGCUAUAAAGACGUAUUUUAUGAUGAUAGAUACAUGCCUUAACAAACAGGGACCACGACCGGGAAUAAUUUUCCUCUAUGACAUGAAAGGUGUCUCCCUUGGUCAUCUGACUCGUGUCCGGAUUGGUACUAUCCGGAAAUUCUUCCACUACCUUCAGGAAGGCCUUCCGGCAAAACUCUGUGCUAUCCAUGUGUUUAAUGUGGUGCCAUUCUUCGACAAAAUCCUCACCCUAAUCAAGCCAUUCAUGAAAGCAGAGAUUUUUAACAUGAUGCAUCUGCAUCCAUCAAAUAUGAAUAUGGAGGAGUUCUACACCAAGUACGUCCCAAAGAGCAGUCUCCCUUCGGACUUUGGUGGAGACUGCCCUUCAGUGGCAGAGAUGCAUGAGGCAUUCAAAAAGGAAUUUAUGAAUAUGAAGGACUUCUUUGCCGCUGAUGAGAAGGCAACAUUCGGUGACAGAAAAAUUGAAAAGCCUGAUGAUAUUCAGAGUAAAUUCACGAAGCUGGAAAUUGACUAGCGUUCAGUGUUCUUCCACAUUUAGACUUAAAUACUAGGUGAUUUUUGUAUAUUGCGGGUUAUUGUUACCACUGUUACCAUUUAAUGCACUUUAUAUACUGUUUUUUAUGUACACAGACAUCAUGAACGUGAAAAAAUAAAAUAAUUUGGAACAAGAAA